AUGGUACCCCUCUACCUUAUGUCGAAGGACGGUUCAAUCUACGUAAGUAUUAUGAACGAGACGAUCAAGAAUCUUGAUCAAUUCUUGAUUCAAGAUGAUCUACCUCCGUAUGAUUCCUACGAUAAGAAUGGUGUAAUCCCACCGGAUGAUGUCGAGGUCGAGCACGACG